ACAACACCACAAGGCACUAGCACCAGCCAACACGCCUCGAUGACGCCUCGCCUUGGCUCGGCUGAGUGCUUGGGCGACGUGUGUAGCGCGUACAUGUGUUGAAAUGUUUUUCUCAAAUUUUUGUGUUGUUUCCGUUGUUUCGCACUGUGCUUGGAUUGAAGUUUUAACUUGUUGAAUGCCAUACUCGAUUGUGACCCGACAGAGAAAAUGAACGGAUGGCAUUAGUGCUUCACAAGUGUUUGCCGAGGAAAAGAAAGCAAUUUCAAGUUCUGGGACCAUCCGCGUGUACCGUCAUCAAGGAAGCCGAUGGUAUUGUUCGCAAACCGGAAAUUCGCCACCGUUAAAAACAGUGUUGUAAUGACUGAGUGCAGGUAAGAAUUGGGAGCACUGUGCUAAAAGGAAAAAGAAGAGGAAAGAAAGAAAAAGGAAGAGAGGAGGAGGUGAAGGAGACAGAGACAGCAUUAGAAGGAAGAGUGAGUGGAAACGAGUGCGGAGAGGCGAGGACUCGCACUCUCGCAGUCGCAGGUAGUCGUGAUAAAGAGCGCAGGCCAAUAAGAUCGUCGUUCGGUGGUCGGCGAGCGUUGCUGCAUCGAGGUGAGGCUGGCGGACUUUGGAAAAGGUAGGCUAGGACCAUUUUUUCACUUUUCACUCGGUGCGUACUCGACUCGUCUCUAGUUCCUGCCAACAAGUGUUGAAGAAAAAGUGAGUGCCAGCAGAACUCUGGUAGCGAAGGGAAGAUUAAAAAGGCAGAGAAAGAACGGUGGUCUGUUGCACCGAAGAAGGUGGGGCAAAGAGGAGGUGAAGUGUGCGACUCGAGACGGGGACGGUUGGUACGUGUGUGUAGAGUGCGUGUGCAUGACGCACACUUUUGCGACCAGCUCUCGAGCACUGAGGCCAAAGAACGCGAGAAAGAAAGGGAGAAACGGAAGAAACGAGAACCUUAGAGUUACAAGAGCCGGGAUCCAAUAUGGCGCUCAAGCAAGAAGUGGACCAGUUGUCCAAGAACAACCUGGUGGUCCGGGUUGACCAGAACUCGGAGUCGGACCUGCAGGCCUUGUUCGACACCGUCCUCAAGCCCGACUCGAAGCGGCCGCUGCAGGUUCCGCUGCGGAUGCGAAACCUGCCCGACUCCUUCUUCAAUCCGCCCUCGACUGGCAGCAAGAGCCCCUCGAUCGCUCACUCGCGGGAGAAUUCGGCUGAUUCCGCAUUCGGAGCGGCCGCAGCGGGUGUCGGAUCCGCGGGUGCGGCCGGAUCCACAGCCAAUGGCGGAAACUCGGGGACCGGAAGUAACAGCAACGCCAGUGGUGCCGGUAGCGGCAGUUCACCGGCCUCUGGGAACCAAGGCCUGACAGUUGCUCAUCCUCGCGCGCACAGCAGUCCUGCAUCUCUCCAACAGACGUACGCUUCUGCACAGCAGGCCACACAACAUGCACCCCAGCCUCAUGCUCGACACCAUCAUCAUCAGAAGCAGCGCAGUUACGAUGUUAUCAGCACUGUCGACGAUCUCGGUCCUUUACCUCACGGCUGGGAGCAGGCGCGAACACCUGAAGGCCAAAUUUACUUCCUCAAUCAUUUAACUAGAACAACAACAUGGGAGGAUCCUCGCAAAACAGCAGCAGCAGCAAGCGUGGCAGCAGUAGCGGCAGCUGUAGAAAGCGGGAAAUCAUCUACAGGAACAACAAAUACUCUUGGGCCGUUGCCGGAUGGAUGGGAGCAGGCACGCACAAAUGAAGGCGAAAUUUAUUUCAUUAAUCACCAAACACGAACGACUUCUUGGUUUGAUCCAAGGAUUCCUACUCAUCUUCAGAGAGCUCCCACAUCCGGCGCAAUGUUGCCACAAAACUGGCUGCAACAACCAAGUGGAGGUGGCAUUCAAAACAAUCAAACCCUUCAAGCUUGUCAACAAAAAUUAAGACUUCAAUCAUUACAAAUGGAGCGAGAACGACUGAAACAACGCCAACAAGAAAUUAUGCGCCAGCAAGAAUUAAUGCUACGACAAACAUCAACCGAUGCUGUAAUGGAUCCAUUUUUAUCUGGAAUCAAUGAGCAACAUGCACGUCAAGAGAGUGCAGAUAGCGGUUUGGGAUUAGGGUCAGCUUAUUCUCUUCCUCAUACACCUGAAGAUUUCCUGGCCAAUAUCGACGACAAUAUGGACGGGACGAGCGAAGGUGGAGCACCAAUGGAAACGCCUGAUUUAUCAACUUUAAGCGAUAACAUUGAUUCAACAGAUGAUCUUGUGCCUUCCCUUCAGCUCGGAGAGGAAUUCUCUAGUGACAUUUUGGAAGAUGUUCAGUCUUUAAUAAACCCAAACACCACAAAGCCAGAAAAUGUUCUCACGUGGCUGUAGUAUUUUUCAAGAAUUUGCAUUCGUAGCAUCGAAACUGAAUUACAUACAUAAUCAAUGAGUUUUUAGACUUUAUCAAAGAAUCGUCGCUUCCAUCGGGACAUAAGUGCACAAUAAGAUAGUUCGCAACAUGCAGGCACACAUAUUUUUUUAUGAAAUGUGCGUAUGUUUGCUUAUAAAUCAAAUCAGGUGAAUGAUGCAAUAUCGAAAUGAAAAAAUUGAUGUACAUAUUUUGGUAUUCCAUGUCAAAACGAGCUUAAGUAAGGAAUUUAGAAACGUGAAGUAGUAUAAAUAGAGUGUUGUACACCAAUUUUUUCAUUUAUUUAACUAAAAUAAUAUUUUCUACGUAGUGUUGCAUAUGUAGAAGGAAAUAUGAAGGAAAUACCAUUGAACUCUACAUAUUUUUUCUUACUUUUAUGUAGUUUUUCUCUGCUAUUACUACUUCACAAUUGGACAAUUCAAAAGUUUACAAUCAGAGUAUAAAUUGACAUAAUCAUUUCGAUAUCUCAUCAUUAAAACAAAAGUACAUAGCUACAUGUUCUUUUUACUUCUAUAUUUUUAAUCUAUUUUACCUUGACAAGUGACAAAAAAUAUAAUUAUAUAUGUACACAUAUAUUCCUGUCGAACCCGCUCAAUUUUUGAGUCAUAAUAAGAUUCAGAUUGGUUUAAUUUUAAUUGAGUAAUACUUUCAAAUAAUAUUAUUUCAAAGUUCAGUUGUUAGCGCUACUUUGAAGAUAAAAGUUUGUACAAUUUUUACUUGAGAUUUAGUCAACACAACGUAAUUGACAACGUGCCUUAGAAAUUAGGAUAGAAGGUGAACGUUACAUUGUUUAACGUUUAAAUAAUAAAUACAUUCUUUUUUAUGAGAUAUUCUUGCAAACAAGACUCAAGCAUUUCUUUUAAAUAUGUAGAAACGUAAGUCAAUAUUUAGCUAUUUUCGCGAGAAGAAAUUUCUUUCCAAUGCGCAAGUUUUUCAUCAGCCGAGGCACGCCACUUAAACAACUCUCAUGUGAAUUCUUCAUAGUUAAGUUUCUUAUUAUCAAAAUGCGUUUAACAUAAGUGCUGAAUUAAAAUAAAUGAGUUUGAAGUCGACUAUUUCGUUUUCAUGAAAUAGUAGAAUUUAUAAAGUAUAAAGCUCAGCUAUGAAUACGUCACAUCAAAGUGUAAGCGGCAUAGAAGAUUGAAACGCAUUGAUUGUCUAAUUUUAAUUUAACAAUAGAACGUGUGAACGUGUUCGAAGGUCUCACUUUUCUCUACAAAGAUGUUUGUCAAAGUAAAAAACUCCGACUAAAUUUGCAAUUCUUCUGUCCAGAGAAUUGUGUUUAGAAAGCAAUGAAAUUUCGAAGAAAGAUAGUUUUUAGGCACUAGUAUUGACUAAAAAUUCAAAAUGCGGAAACUGAUGUGUAAAUGGGUGAUUCUUCACUCAGUGGUAACUUUUGAUUCCCUACUGUUCCCUAUUUAAUAACUUUAAAAGUCAUCAUUCUUUUUUUAAACAAAAUUUAUGAUUUAAUUGGAAAAGGCUCAAAAAUGCACUUUUCUUGAUUAUCCAAUAAUAUUAAAUAAUAUUAAAAAUAAAAUAAAAUAAUAUUGAAAAAUAGUAACCGUGUAGUAAAAAGUUACCACUUCGUGAAGAAUCGCCAAAUAAAAGAUGAAGGUGCCAACCUUCGCAAAUUGUUAUUUACAAAUUAGGGUAUCAAUAAAUUAGUUGAUAAUUUUAAUGUUGCAAAAAUGUGCGUGUGUAUGUUUUCAAAUGGAAUUUUCUUAAAAUGUAAAAUUUCUAUUGAAAAUUCUCAAAUGAAAACUUGUGUGAAAUCAAAACAAUAUGAUGCAAACUAAUUUGCUGAAAAUUUAGAAAUCGACAAAGAUUCCUAAAUUAAUAUUCAUGUCCAAAAGUUUUGUAGGUAUUCCGAUAUCAUAUCAACGAAUUUUUUUUUAAUAUUUUCAUUAAUAUGUAUGCUAAGACUAACAUUUUCUUAAGAUAUUCAUUUUAAAUAAUUAUUAUUGUAGUAUUAGUUUUAUAUAAAUAAUGUUCUUUUUUUCAAAAUCUAGUAAUUAUCGUUAAACUUUAUGUUACAUGCGUCGUUGAUGUUGAUUCUGAUUUAAUUCUACAUUUAUUAUCACUUGAAGUGAAAUAAAAGUAUUUAGUUUUGUCACAAGUUUGGGACAAGCUUACAGAUUAAUUGGGAAGAAAAUAUUUGACUAGAAUUUCUAAGAAAAAUUAGUUUUAGCAUACAUGGCAAAAAAUGAUCUACUUAAUUUCUGAUAAUGGAAAUUAAGUAACGAAACUUUUAUUUGUAAUCGCAUGUUUGUAUGCAGAAAACUAUAUUAAAAUUUGACUGCUUAUUAUGUUUCCAGAAGAAUAAUUUGCAAGGAAUGACCAAUUCUGGAACAGAUUUUGCACAUUUUUACUAUGCAAACUGUAUUGUGAUACAGGAAUGUCCAUGCUCAUAAUAUAUCUAAUAUCUAUAUACAUAAAUGUGUAUAAUGUAUAUUUAACAACAUAUAGUUAAAAAACAAGUGCCUUGAUUCGACAAUCGCAAUCGCGACAGCCGUCCAUAUUUUUAUCGCAUUAGCGAUCGUUUAAAAGUGCACGGCAUGCUUUAGACCAGUUUAACAUUCAAGUAUUGAAGUGUGAAUGCAAAAUAUAUACAAAUAUUAUAUAUUUUUUUUAUAUAUAAAGUCUAUACGUGUUAUUAGAAUUUGCGGUUAUCGAAAAAACUCGUUAGUCUAUAAAAUUUUCUUAAAUUUUGUACUACAGUUAUAUAAUGCGGCGCUAAAAUGAAGAUAGAGUAUGAUGUUUACAGAAAUACUUAAUUACAUUUAGCCUUAAGAAUUAAUUUUCUAAAUGAGUUGGAAAAGAUAACCUUUCACUCAAACUUCUUACCACUUUUAAUCAUCUGACAUCUUUACUAAAUUUUAUGUACUUUGUCAUCAAUUACCGUGACUGGGCUUAGUGCCUCAAAAAUCUGACUAGUUAAUUCUAACUAGCAGCUAGCAAAUUAAUGUUGACAAAAUGAAAAAACAACUUUAAAAGGAAAUCAUUUCAACUGACAUUUUUAAGCUUUAAAAUUCCAAUUGGAUUAAAGGCAAAAAUACUUUUUGGAACACUAAAAUAUUGGUCUUUCAUAUUGGGAUCCGUGAAUACGUGACUUUUACCUACUUUCCCCGUCCAUUUUGUGCUUUGUUCUACUUCUGUUACAUUAGUUGAAGAAAGGCAAAGAAGAAAAAUGGAUAGAGAGAAUAGGUCAUCACUAGCUGGCACACUGCUGUUUAACGGACUCCAAUAGGAAUGAAUAUUAUCUAAAAAAAACACUUGUUCUUCUAGUUAAAACUUAGUGACCAACACUCAAAGUUAGAAAAUGUUAUCUUUUUAUUUUAUUUUUGUGUUUUAAAUCAUGCUUUAAGACUCGUUUCUCAUUUAACUGUAAGUAAUUUUUACCCUUUUAAGAGAUUUCUUUCCUCUUAGAAGUUUUCUUGCAGCCAAAAUAAUUGUUUUAUCGAUUUUUUACUCUUGCCUCUUCCGGAAGGAGGAAAAGUUGCAUAGAGUAUCACAGUAUGAUUUUUUAUUUAUUAUUCUCCAUUAACCAUUUACACACUAAGUUUAAUGCUCCGCAGUUACAACAUUAGUAGUGUGAGUGCUUUCUUUGUAUGUAUUCAGUAAAAGUAAGAUUUUAUUCAUUAAAUGAAUGCAGAGUUAAUACAUAUCUGUAUUUGCACUCAUGCGAUUUUUUAAAUGAAAGAAUUUUAAAAACUUUUAAAUCUGAUAUUAAACCUAUUUAGAUUAUCACCUCUCUUUCAUGAAAAUAUUUAUUAAAAUUUUUUCUUUCCAUUCAACAUGAAUAAAGUAGGUAUUUUAAUGAUGUACCUUUAAUGAGAUUGUGGGAAUUAUAAAAGAUGCUCACUGUUUUAACUAAUAGGACAAGGAAUGUGUUGGGAAUUUUUUAAACUUGUAUUGAUACUUUUAAUUAGUGUUUCAAAUGUAUUUAUGUAUAUGUAUAAGUACGUAUUUUUUUAUGAAAACAAUUAAAGAAAUUAGUCUGCUACAUAUUGAAUUUAAUUUGUGACUCAAAAGUGCCUGCUUUUUAAAUAAGAAAAGAUGUUUUUUUUAUCAAUUAUUAAUUAAAAAAUUGUACAUAGUGAAAUAGAAAGUUGUAAAAAAAUUUUACCGAGAAACCGAUUUCUCAUUUAUGCGAUUUAUUUUUGUAAGAAAUAAGAUGUCAAAUGGAUUAUUUUUAUAAAAUUAACUUUUUGGUAGAACAAGGUCGAUAAUUUGUUUCUUUUAACAACUGAAUGUAAGAUACCAUGGAGAGGACACUUGUAAAGUUUUGUAUAUUCAUAAAUUGGCUUUUUUGAAAGGUGACUAAUUGUGCAUAUAACUAUACAAUAUUUGAGAUUAUAAAUACAGCAAACAUGCUAUUAGUUAAUAUGUCAGUAUUUAGAUUACGCUCAUCAGCGAUUGUUUGUGACGUACGUUUUUAUAUCGAUAACAAGUGCCUUAGUAAUAAUGAUAACAAUAAAUAUACUGUUUACUUACGUA